AUGCCUUCGACACUGGCUGAGCACAGCCAUAAGGCGACAACGAAAGUCGGCCACAAGCCCUUCAAGGGGGGCAAAGGACGGAAUCGCAAAGGCAAAGUCUUGGAUGAGAGACCAAAAACGCCGCACCAGCAGGUGAUGUCGAAACUCGAUCGUCGCAAUCAGAACCGCCAGCGCCAGCUGGAAAAGCAAAAGGAGCAGCGUCUUGACGCCUCCAUCUUUACCGGCCGCGAUGGUGCGCCGCGCAACGUGGCCGUGAUCCCACUGUGCAGCAAUUGCGAUGCCGCCACCACCAUCCGCGCCCUCAAUGUCAGCUUGGACAUUGAGGUGGACAUCACCGACGGUGCGGUGCGCGUGCCCGUCGAGCGGUUCAAGCAGCAGCUGCAGUACAUCGUGGUGCCGUCGAACCGCGACGUCGUGGCCUGCUUGGAUGCCGCACGGGCUGCCGACUUUGUCGUCUUUGUCAUCUCGGCCGUCGACGAGGUGGAUGAGCGUGGCGAGCUGAUCCUGCGCAGUGUGGAAAGCCAGGGCCUGACAACGCUGUUCACGGCGGUGCACGGACUCAGCAGCGUCGAGUCGGCCAAGCAGCGCACGGCCGUAUUGGAGUCGCUCAAGUCUUUCAUGCGGCACUUCCACCCAGACCAGGAGAAGCUUUUCAGUCUUGAAAGCCGGCAGGAAUGCGCCAACCUGAUGCGGUCUCUGUGCAAUGCGACGCCCAAGGGCAUCCACUGGCGCGAUGAGCGGAGCUGGAUGCUCGUGGAGGACGUGCAGUUCGGGACCACAGGCGACGAUGCUGCUGCCGUCCUCACGGGUGUCGUGCGUGGCAAGGGACUCAACGCGGAUCGGCUCAUCCACGUGGGCGACUGGGGCUCGUUCCAGAUUGACAAGAUCACCGCGGCGCCCAUCUCGGUACGCAAGCCCAAGGGCGGUGCUACCGUCGAGGACAUGGCUGUCGACGGACAAGAAGGAGGCUCAGAGAUUGUACUCGCCGAACCCAGCGAAGACAGGGACGAUUUAGACGGUCUUGCUCCCGAAGAGGCCGUUCUCGACCAGGAUGACGAGAUGGAGGACGAGGAGAUUAACAACCGGUCCCUGGAAGCCGCUGGCCGAAAAGGUGUAUUGUUGGAUGACCACCAUUACUUUGACGAUGACGAGGACCAGUUCCGGCCAGCCAAGAAGCUUCCCAAGGGCACAUCAGCGUACCAGUCGGCGUGGAUCCUGGACGAUGUGACGUCAGAAUCCGGGUCCGACAACGAUGACGAAGAGGAGCAGAUGGGCGAUGACGGAUUCAAAAAGGCCGAGCCGGCAGACGGAAUGGAAGGCCUGGCACACGAUGCACAGACCGAAGGUGCUGGACCGUCCGAGUACCCGCAGUCGGAGAUCUAUGUUGAGCAAAAUGAGGAGCAGGAGGCCGAGCAGCUGGCGCAGUAUCGGCAGCAGAAGCGGGGCGAGGCCGAAGACGAUUUGGAGUUCCCAGACGAGAUCGAGCUGCACCCACAGGUGCUGGCACGUGAACGGCUAGCACGGUACCGCGGUCUCAAGAGCCUGCGGUCCAGCCCGUGGAACGCAAAGGAGGACCGUCCACACGAGCCAGAGGACUGGCGGCGUCUGUUGCAGAUUCCCGACUACAAGUCGUCGAGAAUCCGGGCAGCCCGGGAAGCAUUGGUCGGCGGGGUGGCGCCGGGAAUGCGUGUUUCCGUGCAUUUGGCCAAGGGCGUGAUUCCCGAGGCCGUGCGGGCAGCCUACAGCACGAGCAGGCCAGCCGUGGCCUUUUCUCUGCUGCGACACGAGAACAAGCAGACGGUGGUCAACCUGAUCAUCAACCUGAGCGCCGACCACCCGCACUCGAUCAAGGCCAAGGAGGAGCUCAUCGUGCAGUGUGGACCGCGUCGUUUUUUCGUCCAGCCGCUCUUCUCGCAGAGCGGCAACACGCCCAACAACGUGCACAAGUCGUGCCGGUUCGUGCACCCUGGCCAGUCGGCCGUGGUCAGCUUCGUCGGCCCCGUCACCUGGGGCUUCGUGCCGACGCUCUUCUUCAAGCGCACCAAGAGCGACACGGUACCGCUGCAGCUGGCUGGCAUCGGGACGUCGCUGGCGCCAUCGACGGCGCGCGUGGUGGCCAAACGGGUCGUCCUCACCGGCCAUCCGUACCACAUUCACAAAAAGGUGGUUACGAUCCGGUACAUGUUCUUCAACCGCGAAGACGUGGACUGGUUCAAGGCGCUGCCGCUAUGGACGAAGCGUGGGCGCAGUGGAUACAUCAAGGAGGCUCUCGGCACGCACGGCUACUUCAAGGCCACGUUUGACGGUCGCAUCAACCCACAGGACAGUAUCGGUGUCAGCCUAUACAAGCGGGUCUGGCCACGGAAGUCGCUGUUGUACCAGGAGUGGGCUGCGCCGCCGGCUGAGGAGAUUGUCGACGAGAUGAUGGAUGAGGCAAUGGAGUGA